CAAGAUCCGACUUGUGCCAGCUUGCGCGCGCGCUCCAUGAGUCGCUUUCGCGUUUGUUGAAGUGCGUCGCAAGGCCACAAGGAAGGUUUCUGCCUUGUGUGUUUCCGAAAUAUAUCUGGAUGUUAUUAGUGUAACAUGUUGUAUGAUAACAGCUGAUCUGGCUGUUACAGUGUGCUUUGACAACCGCUGAAAACGUAGUGAUGGAUGACAACAGUUCUUGGGACGACCCCGAAGGUGACGAUAUCAUAGCGAAACUUCAUUGUGACUGUGUCGCCGAUUCACGACCUCCUCUCCAGAAGUAUCGGAAUGGUCGGAUUUACGUGUCGGAUUUGUCUAGUCAAAUGUAUUGUGAGCAGAAAUUGCUGUACACGCUCAUCGGAGUGCCUCGUCUGAAGGAAAUGGGCUACGACGUUGAAGAAGGCGAAAGUCCACAAGUUACUCGUGGUACGGAUAUCCACAUGGCAAGGCAGCUCGAAGUUCAAGAUGUAAUUACUGUGGACACAGAGACACGGGAGGAUAAUAUUGCAGUCCUGAUUCUGAAUCUUUUGCAGUCUGUUCGCUCUCUGCUGUGUGGUGAACCUAUUGCCAGAGAAGUGCCUGUGUUUGGAAGAGUAUUUGGCGGCGACAUUUUCGUCAACGGAGUUGUGGAUGAAAUGCGUUGCGACUCAGAUACGCUUCAAAUCGACAUCGUUGAAUUGAAAACGACAAUGGGCACAAGGCUUCCAAACCCAUCGGUGCGCCACUCUCACCGGUUACAAGUCAUGCUGUAUCAUCAUCUGCUGAGUAACCUUGUUCAAGGCAACGUGGACGUAAAGGAUGUUGAAAAAGGAUUCCGAGUGAAUCUGGAUGCGCAGUUAAGCGCUGUUGUGCUUGAGCUGUUGCCAGAGGACGAGCGGCAUAUGAACUCCCUGCGUCAUCUGGUACCGUUCGUAUUGAGUGCUGUUCAAGCAUUGCCUCUUCCCAGUCAAUUGCUUGUGGAGUAUUACAGCCAGAAAACCAACACAACGCUGUGUUUUGAAGGUGUUGAUUAUGAUGAAAAGUGGUUGAUGGACACCCUUCAGCAGAUGUUUCCAUUCUGGACUGGUGAGAGGCCUGCUGAAGGAAUUCAAGACAUCGAAGAUGCAUGGAAAUGUAAAUGUUGCCCGUUUCAAAAUAUCUGUGAAUGGCGUCAGGCCAAAGAGGCUGAAUGCAUUAGGCGCAACUCAAGGUGCUUUGUACAAAGAAAAUGAAACGUGCAAUAGCAGGUUUUUAACUUGUUAUAGCAGCAUUGGCCUACUAUGGCUGAAUGUUGAUCUCUCUUUUUUUAUGUUACUGCUUAUUUGUACCCUCAUAUUCCUCAUUCAUGAAUUUCAUCAAAUAUACCUUUAUCAAAAGUGUCAGUUGGGGCAAAGCAGUUGAAUUCAAUGUGAUGUAAUUGUAUGGAACAAAUAAGUGUGUAAGUCAUCUCUACUAUAGUAGCUCCAGAAGGAGUGUGACUAAAUGAAAUUGUUAUCUCCAGCUAAGUCAGCUGUCUUCUUUUCAGCAAGUAAUUAGGGAUGAGGAGAGUGAACUUGGCUACAUAAAUAUGGCAUUAUCAACAUCUCAUCGACCCCUCAUUUUACAUGACCGUUGGUCCUGUGAGUUAAUUUCUAGCUGACAUGUGUAGGACUGAUGUGCACAUUGUUAGAUCAGUAUUUGCUGCACUGACGCAAAAUUCGAAGAGGUGUUUAAUUUUAAUCAAGUACCGUGUUACGUGUCCACCGUACUGCUGAACUUAUUGUCUUAAGACAUUUUUUUUUUUCUGUAAUGCAUUGGCUGCUACAAAUAUAUGCUUGACUUUAUCAGCAGUUUAGUGGUUUUACUGGCUUUAUUUGCUGUGCUUCUCCUGCUCAAAAUAGAGAUCCUUAGUAGUAAUCUACUUCAUGAAAACCUUUUUCUUAUCUGUGCGGUCACGUAGUUACACUUUUCACUUUAUAUUGUAACUUUUAGAAUUGUGCACUGUUAGUCAUGUGGACUUCAUUUCAGAUUUGUUGAUCAAGUGUGGAAAAUUGUUUGAAUCAUGCACCACAUAUUUAGCUUGGACAUUAUUUCUUUGUGCCUGCAAUAAUAUAGCUGGCAAGCAUUAAAUUAAAAUUAUGACAUUUGGA